CAUAAGGUACUGUACCAACCAUGUGCCAAUAAAUUUAUGUUUUCCCUUUGAAGUCAAUGUACAACAACAUGUAUGUAUCUCACAGUAUCACCUAAUAUGCCAACUAAUCCAAAUUAAAAACCUAAAUCCUUGUUAAGCAAAAGUAUUAUAUUGUAGUACACCAACAAAUUUACCUGCCAUAGAUCUUUACCAAACUAUGAUAAUUGUGUCUUGCACUAUCAGUAACAUCAUUAGCUUUCUUGUCUCUAUCAAUACCCUGUCUUCAAUUUCAAGUGAAAACAAUAGAGUAGUAAUAUUCCCUCUUUAUGAUAAAAUAAAAUAGCACUCAUUUGGCACUUCUUUUUCUUUAAUAGGUGCUACUCUGUUAAGAGUUGUUCUGAGAUCUCCAUUCAUACAUAUUUCAUCCUAAUUUAUAUAGCACUUGCAAGUCCCCAAGCCUAAAAUCAUUGAAAUCACCUAACCCACUAUUUCCCCACUUUCCAAAUAAAAGAGAAAAUGAGAUCCAAAAGCCAAAGCCCUAUCAAUGUUAAACUCAUUCUCAUUGGUUUUUUCUUAGUUUUUCUUCUCUUUUUGGUACUUAGAUCAACUUUUUCACCCUCUCCUCCUCAACAAACUCAAUCUCUUGAUCACUCAGUAGCUGUUUCAAACUCAUCAUCUGAAGAUCAAGAAACUGAAGAUCAUCAUCAGCCCUCUUCAUCUUCUUCUGUAGAUUGUCCAUCAACACAAACUUGCAACAAGAUAUCCCCAUCACUAGCAAAUGCUCUAGUUCACUAUGCAACUUCAAAUGUGACUCCACAACAAACACUCAAAGAAAUCUCAGUUUCCUUGAGAGUUCUUGAGAAGAAAUCCCCAUGCAAUUUCUUGGUGUUUGGGUUAGGCCAUGAUAGCUUAAUGUGGACAGGUCUUAACCAUGGUGGAAGAACAGUUUUUCUUGAAGAAGACAAAUCAUGGAUAGAGCAAAUACAAAGCCAAUUACCAAGUUUGGAAUCCUACCAUGUUAUAUAUGACACAAGAAUAACUCAAGCUGAUGAACUCAUGGAAACUGGAAUGAGCAAUCAAGAUUGCAAGCAAGUGAUAGAUCCAGGAUUCUCUAAAUGUCAACUUGCUCUAAAGGGGUUGCCUCAACAAGUGUUGGAUAUUGAUUGGGAUUUGAUAAUGGUAGAUGCACCAACUGGUUGGCAUGAUGGAGCACCAGGAAGGAUGAGUGCAAUUUACACUGCUGGAUUGAUUGCUAGGAACAAAGAAGAAGGAGAAACUCAUGUGUUUGUUCAUGAUGUUGAUAGAGUUGUGGAAGAUCAAUUUUCAAAGGCCUUUCUUUGUGAAGGCUAUUUGGUAGAGCAAGAAGGGAGGAUUAGACACUUCAAUAUUCCUAGCCAUAAGGCAGCUUUGGCUAGACCUUUUUGUCCAUAAACAACUUUUUCCAGCAUAAUUUCUCUCAAAAUAAUUUUUGGUUCACCUUGUCUAUGUUGGUAGGACACUUCAAAAAAGUCAGCCGGUGUGCGCCAAAUUCUUUAAAAGUCAUAUAUUUUAGUAAAGAGUCCAUGCAAUUUAGCACUUGUUGCUUGUCACAUGCAUUUUUAUUCUAGAUCUUGUCAAUUCGAUGUUGUACAUUAUGGAGUAUGUUAAUGGGUACCAUUAUUUUCUUUGAUAUAAAAAAUAAUAGUAUUGGCCUUGAUUUGAAGCUAAA